AUGGAUCUCAUCUUAGAUAUAAGCAUCCAUAUAUAUCCUAUAGACUGGGUCAACAAGUUUCAUUUGGGCAUAGAUAGUACUUUUUACAAAGAUGGAGAAUAUAAUUGUACAAAUGAUCAAUCCUCUGCCUUUGCAUGUUAUGCAGCCUUGCUUGUACACUUCCAAAGAGAUUCCAAUAAUCUCUAUAGAUUUGAAGUAGACUCUAGAAUUUACCUUCUAGUGAAGAAACUAGCUUUCUAA